AUGGCCCCAAAGUUCGGGGCGACCAAGUUCCGCAAUGCGGUCCCUACGGUCCCGCACCGGGACGCAUGGUACCGUACCGGUCUGUCGAGUCUCGCCAGCGACGCACCUUCCAACACGUCGGCGUUCUCCAGCGUCCUCAAGACCAACCGCGAAAGCGUCCUCACCCUCACGCCUGGCGGAGAGGCCAGUGUCCGCUCGUACUCGGCCAAUGGCGAGAAUGAGUCUGCGGUUUGGAGCGGCAAGAUUGGAAACAACGUGGCCGACUGGGACGUUAGCAGGCUCGAGGAUGGCGGCAUUGUCGUCUCAUACUACACUGUCGAUGGAGUGGCCGCGCCUACCAAGAGGCAUUCCUUCCAGGCGGCAGGACGCGUCUCCAACAUUUCGCUGCACCCCACCACACCCGGCCUCGCGCUGGUGACUUCGACCUCCCCUGUCGUCGCCAUCUACGACGUCGCGGCUUCGACUCCCGCAAUCACGCUUAAGACCACCGGCGAUGUGGCCCUCUGGGCGGCCACAUGGAGUGCCGAUGGUCGUCUCGUGGGUGGUGUCGGCAAAAAGGGCCAGGCGUACAUCUGGGACGCGCGUGCCGGUUCCGACGCCGUGCAGACCAAGGACGUCUCCAUGCAGCCGCUCAAGCCUGCCCGUGUGGCAUUCGUCGGCGGUGACCUGUUCGUCACCUCGUUCUCUCGCACGAGGUCAAGGCAAUACUCUCUCCUCUCCGCUUCGGCAGGCCUGAGUGCCACCUUCAUUGCCAGCGUGGACAACAGCCAAGGCCCGCUCGUUCCUCUCGUCGACGAGGAGCGCGGGAUUGUGUACACGAUCGGUCGCGGAGACAUGCGUCUCCGCCAGAUUGAGCUCACUGGUUCUCUGGGAUACCAAGAGGUCCCGCACGUCCUCCCUUCUCAGGUCACGAGCGGCAGUAUUGCCCUCUCCCACUGGUCCACGUUGCCCGUCAUGGAGGCUCAGGUGGCCACGGUCCUCCUGCCGACGCAGGACAAGGACGGCGAGGCCAUCCUCCCGCUCGCUAUCAAGGUUCCCCGUCGUCAGCUCAUCGACUACCACGGUGACCUCUACCCCGAUGUGGUUGGCAGUGUGCCCGAGCAGACUGUUGCAGACUGGUUCAAGGGUGGUGAUAAUGCUCCGCUGCCAGUCAGCCUGGACCCGGAACGUCGCGAUGCCUGGCAGAAGGUCGUCGAGGAAGGUAAGCAGAAGCUUGCCUCUGGCGUUCCGGCCGCUGCAGUCGCGGUUGCUGCACCCGUUUCGACUCCGGCACCAGCUGCUCCGGCGCCAGCACCCGCCGCGGCUUCGGUCCCCACCCCUCCUCCCGUGACAAAGGCGGUCGAGCCUGUCACUCCUCCUUCUGCCACCCCUCCUCGGGCCGGCACGCCAGCUUCAGUUCCCGCCAAGGCCCCUCCACCUUCCCUCCCGGCAUCCGUCACCAGCGGUGUGCCGCCUCUCGAGCCUGGAGAGUCUUACGCUUCGACCUCGUACAAGAUUCGCAACAUUGGCGAACGCGUGCUUGGCUACCACAAGGAGCACGUCGCGAAGGGUAUCAAGGGCCCACUCAUGGUCGGUCUGCAAGGCCCCCAGGGCUGUGGUAAGACCACGCUGUGCGACGCCUUCCUCGACUGGCUGCGUACUGAGGGCCUGCGUGUGGCAGUCCUCUCUCUUGACGGUGAGCUCAAAAAGUCCUCGGUAUUAGCUUACAUUCCAGACCUGUACCGUACCCACGCCGGCUUGAAACAGGUCGCUUCGGACCACCCAAACAACUCGCUGCUGUCUGGCCGUGGUCCUCCCGGCACACACGACGUUGAUCUUGCAACCACCAUCCUCGAGGCUGUCAAGAACAUCAACAGCGGCCACGUCGACUUGCCGGUCUUUGACAAGUCGCUGUGCAACGGCGAGGGUGACCGUAGCGAGAAGACUGUUCCCGUUGACGGGCCUCUCGACAUCUUCCUGCUUGAAGGCUGGUCGUUUGGCUUUGCCCCAGUCACCCUUGCCGAGCUGGAGGCACGCUAUGCCGCCAAGGACGGCAAGUACUUCCCCCAACACUCUCUCGCCUCGCUCGAGGAGCUCAACGACUACCUUGCCACAUUUGCUGCCAAGGUAUACCCCUACUUCUCUGCUCUAGUCCAGGUCGAGCCCACCACCUACGAGUACGUCUUCCGCUGGCGUCUGCAGCAGGAGCACGCCAUGAAGGCUGCCAAUGGAGGCAAUGGCAUGACCGACGACCAGGUGCACCAGUUUGUGGAGCGCUACAUGCCUGCGUACGAGCUUUGGGCCCCUGGUGUGCUCAACUCUGAUGCGCCUUGGGCGGGUCACGUCGUGCGCCUCGGGUUUGGCGAGGAUCGUGAGAUCUUGUCUUUCGAGACCCCCGAGUCGAGGAAGGCGACGACCCCCGCUCCCAAGACCCAGAAUGCCUCAGAGCCGGCACCUGUGGCCAAGGCGGAGCCUGUUGCUGUCGCCUCACCUGUUGCGGCUGCCCCUCUUGCUGCUGCUCCUGUCACUGCUGCCCCUGUCGAUGCUGCUCCUGCUGUGUCGGCCCCAGCUGCCAUCCCGAAGUCUGAGCCCACUCCCAAGGCCCCUGCACCCGUGGAGAUCGCCACGCCAGCACCCACCACUCCCGCUGCCACCUCCGCUGCAGCACCCAGUGGGGAUCGCUACAACCCUGGUUGGUCGCGCAAGUAUGUGGCUGGCAAGUCGCCUCUCAACCCCACAUACGACCAGGUCCCCGCCGUCGUGACGCUGCACCAGGACAGUGUGGUCCUGCGCACCACUCCUCAUCUGGCACUGUUCCCAAUUCAAGGACCCGGCGGUCGUAUCUGCGUUCACCCGCUGUCCAAGAAGGGCCGUCUGCCUGUCGGUGGCGUAGGCUACUUGUCCGGCGGUGUCGGCCUUGCAGACUUUGCCGCUGACCCGUUCGGCAGCGGUGUCGUGUUGGCUGGUGAGGACGGCGUCUUGCGUGUUUGGAGCGUGGGUCCUGAGGGUGUUGAGGGUCCUGGUCCAGAGCCUGAGAAGACUGUUCGAGGCCACCAUGUGGACAAGAUUUCCCAGAUUGCGUUCCACCCCACUGCCAAGGAUCUGCUCGUGGCCGCCACCAACGAUCUCGGCAAGGCGUCGCUGCGCUUCUUUGACCUCGAGGCGGGCACUGAGGCGAAACAGGUUACCUUGGACAUCCAAGGCAUCACUGGGUUUGCCAUCGCUCCCGCUGGUGGCCGGAUUGCUGUGGCCACCAAGGACAGCAAGGUCGCUGUCCUCGACCCUCGUGACCCCUCGACCAUGGUCGUGGGCAAGGCGCACGACUCGCCGCGUGGCUGUCAGCUGGCCUGGGUUGACGAGACGCACUUCCUGUCCAUUGGGUUCGGACGCGGCUCGAUGCGCAAGAUCAACCUGUACGCCAUUGGCAACGGCGAGAUCACGACCGAGGCCACUCAGACCAUUGAUGUGUCCCCCGGUGUCCUCUUCCCUGUGUACGAUGUCGACACCAACAUUCUGUAUGUUUGGGGCAAGGGUGAGCGCGCGAUCCAGGCGUUCGAGGUGCACCCGGGCAAGCAGGAGGCUAUUGCCAAGCUCCCGGCAUACACGGGAAGCAGCCCGCAGCUUGCCGUCUCCUUCCUCGCCAAGCCCGGCGUCGAUGUGCGCAAGGUUGAGGUGGCAAAGUGCCUGCGCUUGACGUCGAAGAGCAUUGAGGAAGUCUCCUUUAGCAUCCCUCGCAACAAGCCUGCGUUCUUCCAGGACGACAUUUACGUGCCCACUGUCGAGAUCGCUGCUACCACGACGGCAAGCAAGUGGCUGGCGGGCGACAAUGCCUCGCCUCGUUAUGUCGACCUCAAGCCUGCGGACAUGGAGCUCCUCUCCCAAGCCCCCGCCACCACGAGCGCGGCAAGGACAAAGUUUGUGCCUGCCGCCAAUGUCAUGAGCGAGGAGGAGAAGAAACGCAAGGAGAUGGACGACCUGUUCCAGCGUGCCAAGGCCGACUUGAGCAGUGACGACGAGGACGAGCCCCCGCGUAGCGGUCUUCCGCCUCCGGACGACGACUGGUGA